AUGAUUGAAGAAUCUUGGAAACAAGAACAUUCCAACGUCAUCGCCCAAACACUGCAACUGCAGCGGGACCUUCAGCGCCGAUUGGUCACGGAAGGAUGUAGGCACCUCAGCCAUCUCGGGAUCAACGUCCCCGAAGGCUUCGACUUGACCAAUUCCGACUUACAACGCGAACGGUCGAGGCAAUUUCUCAAUCAAAAGCAAGCGGACAUCGACACCGUGUCGUCGGCACUUCACAUGUUCACGACCGAGCAGCGAUUCAUAUUCGAAAAGAUCCUCGACGCAUGCAGGACCGGGAAGGACGCCCUGUUCGACAUUCGCGGGCGUGCCGGUUGUGGCAAAACCGUCUUGCUUAACGCUAUUGGCGCUCAAACCCGUUUGGACGGGCUUCUCACGGCACCUUCGGCAUCCACCGGCUUUGCAGCGCUCAACCAGACUUUCGGCCUCACUUUCCACAGGACGUUCGAUGUACCCGUUCCAGAUCCUCGUGACGACACUGUCUUGCAAUCGAAACUCAAAACCGGCAAGCGUGCAGAACUCAUGGCCAACACUCGGAUGUGUACCAUUGAUGAAAUAUCGUCAUUACAUGUCGCCGCCUUCGAAGCCGCCGCCAGGGUCGACCUUCUGCAACAUGUGACGUCAUCAACCCGUUAUGAAAUUUAA